UGCCUUGCCAAUGUACUCCCGGCAUCUGGGGUAAGCCGAUAUUCACAAACCUUAGUCUGGCACAGUACGGCUUUCUCAUCUCAGCCAAUUCCUCCGCGCUUCUCCCAACUGCAAGGCUGCCAAUAGUGCAGACUUUGGCGCACGAGGAUGAUAUGGCUGUUGCUGUUCCGGCUGUGAUCGACCCUAGCUACAGUUUUUCCCUCCGCACUUUCGGCGUCCAACCGGUCUGCAAGGCCUUCACGACAGGCUGCAACCUCGUCAAAAACCCGGGGCCAUGGGGAGACCAAACGCUGAACUGCAGUGGUGCUGGCUAUCCUCAGCUGCCAUAUUCCCCAUUCAAUGCGACAGUCGAUGCCACCGCGACCUCCGCUUCGGAAAACAGCUGGAUCUUCGGCCUUGCGGACAACGUCUUGGGCGUCGGAGACACCCAAGCAACGUCAUUUACCCCAGAAGACUAUACGAACCCGGCCCAAUUUCUCUUGCAGCUGGCCUGGAUAGGGUUUGGCCCCAACGACCAGCCCUCCUGUGACGCAAUCACAGAAUGGCCCGAACCAGAAGCAUUGGAUCAUCCCGACGGAGUCGUUUUCUCCUCUUCAGCCCUAGCAGUGUUCGCCGACUGCAAUCUCACAUGGUAUAACAUCACGCUUCGCUCAUCUGACGGGCUGUACAACGUCACCGACAAGGAGCUAAGCGACACCCUAUUCGUCUCAGUCCUUGGCGCGCCCCUCCUCUAUCAACUCCCGGCACAGCAUCUCGCCAGCUAUCUCCAGUCCGUCGCGCUGACGCAGAACGAUAGUCUGAACCUUAUGGUCCUCCUUGCUGCGGAGCUUGGACGUCAGGCAAUGAGUUUCGCAGCCGGCUUUCUCAUUCCGGACGAUAGCUACGACGAGGAACUGAUAAAAGCUCGACUCUUUGGACAGUAUCCAGUCGCACCUGUCUGCGUCAUAAUCGUCCUGCUGGCCGUCUUCAUCCUCGCCACCAUCCUCGUCGGUUUGUGGGUUAUCCUCGACUCUCAUACGCCUCUUGUAUCUCCGACAGUCACCGAACACCCAAGUGCCGGCAUCAACAAGGGCGAUCCCACAUUGGCCGAACUUGCUCACCUCCGCCUCACCAAAUCAACCGCGCAAAUAUUGAACACCACUUCCGACCCAGAACCGUCCUUCCAAACAGAGGUAUCGAAGCUGUUUGGCCCCGGAGGACGAAGCCUUGCGGGUGGAGUUGGCAUCGGAGUAGUGCACCGACAAGGGUUCCGUGCAGUGGAAGUGUACAAUUUGGAUCAUGAGCUAGAUAGCAAGGAUGCUGAAUCAUCGUAGUCUAUUGAGGGCGAUCGGCACAGCGGACUCGACACCAGCUCUUUGUCCGUCAGUGGAGCCCCCUCCCUGCUUCCACCGCACAUCGAAGAACUCGGGUAGAGAAAAAACUGUCUCCGAAGGGUCUGAUUGCCCAAGGAAACCAUCACUGUAUCUGUAUCCCAGAGUCAUAGAGCUGCUAUAUGGAUUCAAUGCCGGUGCGCGGACAGGUGCGACAUGUGUCCGC